CCUUUUCUUUUUCCCCCCUUUUUGGUAGUUGUUAACAGCAUUGUUAUAUUCGGAGAAGCUGCAGAAAUUGUUCGAAUGUGAUGCGAGUCUCCUCUCUUAUUCUCACAGUCUGAGAUUUCGCUGGUUUUCCUUUCGGGAAGAAUCUUCAAUCUAUUAUAGACAGAAUAAAGAUUUCGUAUUUAUCCUUCUGCCCGCCUGAUAUAUGUUGUGCUUUUCGAGAUGUGCACGCAACCUGUUUGUCAUAAGUCCCAAUAGAAAAAACUAUACGAUAGGUCCCAUGAUGGAUGCUACUUCAACCGAAAAACGAGUGUACUACGAAGACCCAGUUGAAUAUUAUGCUCAACGAGAGGAUGUAGUAUCUUGGACGUCUAAAAUCACCAAUUUGGUAAGAACGGGUCAGCCGGAAUCUGCUUUUGGCUUCUUCAAGAUGAUGUUCUCAAAUGGGCAUAGGCCAAAUCACGUGACAAUGCUGAGCGUAAUAAGAGCUAUUGACGCAUUGAGCUGGAAUUCAAUGAUCGAGGUGAUGCAUGGAGGAGUGAUCAAAAUGGGUUUUGAGUCAGAAGUGGCAGUUUCAACAGCCCUUCUUGGAUUUUAUUCAAUGCGUGAUAUUGGAAUCGUCUGGAAGUUGUUUUAUCAGAUACCUUAUAAGGAUGUUGUUUUGUGGAGUGCCAUGAUCUCAGCUUGCGUGAAAAAUGGUCAGUAUAAUGAAGCAUUUGAUCUUUUCAGAGAGAUGCAAAAUCAGGGAGUUCAACCAAACCAAGUAAGCAUCGUAAGCAUUUUACCUGCUUGUGCUGAUUUUGGUGUUCUAUCUUUAGGUAAAGAGUUGCAUGCGUUUUCAAUGAGAAGGGAUUUUUAUUCUAUGGUUAACAUUCAGAACUCACUCAUGGAUAUGUAUUCAAAAUGUAGAAAUUUUGAGGCAUCAAUUAGAGUUUUGAAGUUGAUGAGAAAAAAGGACAUGAUAUCAUGGAGAAUUAUAAUUCAUGCGUGUAUCCAAAACAAUUGUCUUAGUAAAGUGUUUAAAAUUGUCUCGAGGAUGCGGUCUUUUGGAUUGGAGUUAGACGAAACAAUGAUGCUGGAUAUUAUAGCUGCAGUAUUACUAGUUAAUGAACUUUUACUUGGCAUGGCUGUUCAUUGCUAUGCAUUGAAAGGUGGUUUUCUUUGUUUUAAUUCAGUUGGAACUGAACUUCUCCAAAUGUAUGCUAAAUUUGGUGAUUUGGGGUUGGCCAAGCUUGUAUUUGACGAGCUUGUUGACAAAGAUAUCAUUGCCUGGAGUGCAAUGAUCUUUGGUUACUCUCAUGGUGAAGAUCCACUUAAUGCCAUCCAGACAUUUAAAACCAUGCAAUCAACUAAUGAAAAGCCCAAUGAGAUAACUUUUAUAAGUCUAAUGAAUGCUUGUUCUUUAUUGGGUGCUAAGGAGCUGGGAGAAAGUAUACAAGCUCAUAUAACAAAAUGUGGGUACUCUUCUAAUACAUAUUUGAUGUCAGCUUUGGUUGAUUUUUACUGCACACUUGGAAGGAUAAAUCUAGGAAAACAUGUUUUUGACGAGAUUUCCAUGAAGGAUGUAAUUUGUUGGAAUGCGAUGAUUAAAGGGUAUGGAAUGAAUGGCUGCGGAAAUGAGGCACUCAAUACAUUUUCCGACAUGUUAAGUUAUGGUUUAAAGCCUAAUGGGGUGGUCUUCGUCUCUCUUUUAUCUGCUUGUGCUCAGUGUGGAUUGGAAAAGGAAGGUUGGAUAUGGUUUCAUUCUAUGAUUGACAAUUAUGGCAUUGCUCCGACGGGGGCACAUUAUGCUUGUAUUGUGUACAUGCUCAUUCAGCAAGGAAAAAUUAGAGAAGCUGUUGAAUUUGUGAACAUGUCAGUAGAACCUAAUACAAGAAUCUGGGGUGCUCUAUUUUCUGGUUGCAAAUUAACUCAUAGGCCCUGACAUUGCAGAUUCUUUUGUAAACAGCUCACUGAUUGAAAACCAAAAUAUGCAAUGUUACUCAACUUUUGUGCCCAGGAAAACAGAUGGGAAGAUGCAGAUGGGGUAAAGAAAAUUGAUAGAGGAAAAGGGAUUGAGGAAGAUUUCAUGAAGGGCGGAAUUCUUGAAGUGCUUCUUGUCAAUGCCAAAGACAUCAGACACACCAAUCGACUUGGUUCCCCAGCAUAUUACGUGAUGGUAGAAUGUGGAAAUCAUGAACAUAGAACAAAAGUAUCAUCAGGUAAACAUGAAUACGCUUGUUGGAACGAGAAGUUUUCAUUUGAACUCCCAACAACUGAUUGGAAGAACAUAUCUCAUAUCAAAUUCAGAAUCAUCGAAACAAAGUUACUGAGCAAUGAAUCCGUCGGCGCAACCGUAAUCCACCUUCGUGGAAUAAUUUCAGAAGGAUAUGAAAGAGGAUUCAUAGAAGUUAGGCCAGCUCCAUACAAUGUGGUGCUCGAGGACGACGACACUUACAAAGGAGAAAUAAAAAUAGGAUUCAAAUUCUUCACCAAAGAAGAAAUAGCUCUAAUGGAAGAAAGAGAGUUCAUUGCAGAUGGGAAGCUGCAAAGAAAACCAAUCUGCAGCAAUAUUAUGAACAUAUGGAGAAUUGUAUGGUUAAAGUUACUGUAUCUCAUUGGCCACAGAAAUUCCUCCAGUGAACGAAAGCAACAGUGAAUUAAUGCUUAUGCCCCUGAUUAGUUUCAGUUUUUAUAUGAGUUCCCUUGUUAUUUGAUGGAUCAUAUUGAAUUCAAAGCUUUAAACUAUUCAUUUUAACAGAACCAAUAUUGUUUUGCCUAAUUCAAUGGUAUUGUAUCAAAGUGCAAGACCCAAGAUGCGCAAUAAAAUGUUAAUAUCAAUGGAUAUAGUUUUGUAAAAAAUAACAUUUUGUUGCUUUUUUUUUUUGUAAGAUAUACUGAAAACAUCGAUGUUAAAUCCAUAGACGUGUAGAAGUAUCGAUGAAUAAGUCAAUAACCUGAUAGUGUAGUUAGUACAUGUAUUGCAGACUCUCAUUUGGUCAUUAGAAAUCUCUACAAUUCUUUUUAAAACCGAUAAAUUUGCAUAAUUCCAUAAUUCAUACAAUAUAUUUUUUUUAUAAAUAAUAUUUGAUCAUUUACUUUUUUCAUAUUAAUAUAAUCAACAAAUAGAUCAGAAGGCAAACAAAGUAGUAAAAACAAAAUAGUUAUUUAGAAGAAAAAUACAUGCACAAACAAGCGUUAGACUACUGUUUGUUUUACUUCAUCAUUACGAGCCUACAAAUCCAAACAACAACAAAUUGCUCAACACACUAAACAAGUAUUUUAAAUCAAGCUCGUAUUUUGGCUAUAUAGAUUUGAAAGGGAAAUAUCAAUUAAUUAAUCUUACUAGCACAGCCAAUACUCAAUCAAGUGAAAAGAACACUGUUCCAGUAGUUGUGUAAAUGGAAUUGGGAGCUUAUAUCUAAUCUGAAAGACAAUUCUCAGAAGUCCAAUGAGAACAAAUAACAAAAUAUAACACAAAAAUACAUUGGCCUACCGCCUAUAAAUACAUAUACACAGAAGCAAGCGGUAUAACCAAACUUCAAUUUCCUGAUUUUUUUUUUUUUUUUUUUUUUUUUUUUUUUUUUUUUUUGCUUUUUAUUUCUAAGUCCCCCCCAAAGAACUCAACUGAGCAGAUGCAUAAAUGCAAACUGAAAAAAUGAUGUCGAAAAUCCCGGGGCGUGGUGGUAUUGUUAAUCUGCCUACAGAAGCAUAUGACAGUAGGAAGUCUCUCAAUUCGUAAGUUAAGAUAACCAAGCAAGGAAUAGCUGUCUUCUAGUUCACAAAAUGAUGCUAGAAAUGAAAUCCAAACAUACCUCUACAAAAUAAACAGCUGCAAAGCUUUAUCUGGAGGGAGGGAGAGUAAUGAGCAUGCAACUAACAAAUCAUAUUAUGAUUUUUCUCAUUUGGAUAAAUCAGUGAAAGUGAAACAAUUAAUCUCUAUAUAUACAAGAAGCCUCCGAACCGCACCCUGCAGUUCCAAAUGGAGGACAAUUGAAGGGUUAGAAUCCAAGCUAGGCCGACACCCUGUAGGAUGGAUGGUGUGGGAGCAUCAUUUUUUUCAAAUUACCUCCACGAUUACCCCACGCCCCAUAAAAAAAAUUUCCCCGUCUCAAACAGAUCUCUCUUGUUUUUUUUUUUUUUAAUCUUCAAAUGAGCACAAGAUUACCAUCUCAAUGCCAUUUGUGGGGCAAUAAAAGGAAACGAGAAUGUACCUGAUGAGGGGUUUGCUAGCUCCAAAUAAAAUAAAAA